AUGCCUGUGACUACAGAGCUCGAGGCCGCCGUCAUUCGCGGGUUUGAUCCCCGGAGGGGACUUUCAACGGAUCCCAUCGUCGUCAUGGAUCCCAUGAGGGCCCUUCUGGAGGAUUACAGCAAGAUCCCACCAGAGGGAGUAACCGAAGCCGUGAAGGAAGCGAGAGAUCGCGCAUUUGCCGUCUUUCCGUACCCAUGUAUUGGCAAAUGUCUGUUCAUCAAUUUCAGUCUUCCCACCAUCCCCUGUUACGACGAGGUUUUAUGCAGAACCAGACAAGGUCAAAAGCUGCUCGAUCUGGGAUGCGGUUUUGGACAGGAACUACGUCUACUUACCUAUCGUGGUGCCCGUUCUGAGACCCUUUACGGGGUUGACCUUCGUCCCGAGUUUAUAGAUCUCGGUUACGACCUCUUCAAAGACCGCAACACACUUAAAUCCCAUUUUAUCACCGCUGACAUCCUCGCCGAUGAACCCCUAGCAAUCUCCCAGCUCUCAGGCUCCAUCAACAUCGUCCACGCCUCCUUUCUCUUCCACCUGUUUAACUGGGAUCAGCAGGUGCUCAUCGCCAAACAGGCCCUGGCUUUGCUUUGUGCGCGCCCGGACUCGUUGAUCAUCGGGCAAAAUAUUGGUCACCAGGAUCCAAACAAGUUCUCCGCCGUCGGAGCAAUACUACCCUUUCAUCAUAAUGCGUCCAGCUGGAAAGCGCUUUGGGAUCACGUCCGCGAGGUGACCGGUGUAGCUUUCAGCAUGCAGGUGUGGGAGAGAUUUGAACACCCGAGUUUGCCUGCCGUUCGCAGCCCGGAGUUGCAUGUUCUCUCAUUUGUUGUGCGAUUACAGUAA